GGAGUGAUGCUGUUGGAAUAAUUACUGUUCGGCGGAUCUUGAAUUGUAUACUUUUUAUUUUCUAUUAGGUACUGGUUGUUUAUUAUAAAUCAUAUUUAUUUAAACUAAUUAAAAUUAGUUUAAGAAAGCAGUUAUAUUUCUAAAAUGUCUAGAAAUUUGAUAGCCCCGAGAUCAGCUCGCAGUGGUGUUUGGCAGUAUUUUGGAUUCGAAGCAUCUGAAAAUGGAGAAAUUAAGGAUAAGCGUCAUGUGUGGUGCCGCCGUUGUGAUACGCAAUUAAUUUUUUCUGGAAAUACCACAAAUUUGUCUACACACAUGUUAAAGUGCCCGUCGCGUGAAUCCGAACUAUCCACAUCAGUUAAAAUGGAACCGUUAGAACGUGAUGUAGAAGAGGUAAAGUAUUGUGGCAAUCCUUCGAUGUAUUUCCAGAGUUUUUAUGUCUUAAAACAACGGUAUUGUACCAGACAAGCAUUAGGCCGAUUUAAAAGUAGUUUUUGUGUUCGUAGAUAAACUUAUCAUUGUUGCACGCUCCUUUCUUCAGUAGUACGUGGUGUAUAGUUCAUUAAAUACACUAAUUAUGUGUAUGAAUAUGUAAACAGACGUACGUUAGUCUUAAGAGUGAUAUUUUUCUGAUUAUAAUUCUGUUACAUACACAUUCCAUUGAGAGUAUUCCAUGACAUAAAGUAUGAAUAUAUAUAUUUUUUUAGAAUUUAAAUAUUUUACGAAAAUAAACAUAUUGAAUUUAAUAUUCAAGAGCACUUAACCUUAAUUUAUUUUUAAAAAUGUAUAGUUAAAAGUCUUUUACUACUAAUGUUUGACUCUAGCAAUGGUCUUGAUCAGCAUAAUUAAGUACCUACUGCAAUGGGAUGGUCGUUGGUUGUGCUGCUCUCAAUUAUAAAAUUUAAUUGUUACUCAUGACGUCACUCUGGCAUGCUGUAACACUACAGUUGAGAUGGCUAACUUACGAUGAAACUAGCAGAUGCUUAAACAGCAGGUCAGCAAGUAGCUCGUGAUCGUCGCCUUUCAUGAAGUACGCCAAUCAGAUUUGUACUGGUUGUAUGCAGGUGCAUUGUAAGCUCUAGUUUCUCAAUCCUUAAAUUAAAAACAUUGUGAAUAAUUAUAUAGGUAAAUUCUGUGUUGCAUAUCACAUUUUCACAGUUAUGUAUGAAAACUGUGCAUUACAUGUACUAGAUAUACUUCUAUAACUGCUCUGCCAAUAAAAAUCUCACACUCCAUGUGCCUUGUAUUAUUUUUUAACAGACUGCAUAGGUCUGAUGUAUUCGUGAUACUUUUUCAUAUCUGGCUUCCUUUUUAGUCAAUACAGGGGCGCAUUGAAACAAGGUAAAACAUAAAUUUGAAAAUCCAUUUUUUACAUCCUUAUUUUUUUUAAUCACAGUGUAAAAUCACAUUGCAAUAUUUAUAUUAUUUAAUUAGCUACGGCAGCAUUUUUUAUAGUAGCUUGUUUAUAUGACAUGAUUUUCACCAUGUUGAAUUCUUGCAACUUGCAUGUCUUUAAAAUUAGAAAAUGUGUUAUUUUUUGUUCCCAACUAUUUUCCAAAUCAUGCUAUAAAACAUAACUGCAAUUCUGUAUGUAGUUUACAGUUUUUUUGGACAACCAGUACAUUCUGUUAGCUAAUAUUUGUACUGUUGUUUACUAUUUAUAUUCAAUUAUGACAACUGUAUGAGUAUUUGUGCCAUAGGAUAACAUAGGUAUCUGAUAAGUUGUGCUAACUUUUGUUAUGUGAACUUAAAAUGAUUUAUUACAUUUUAUUCAAAUAAUUCUUUUAAUUUAUUUUACACAAUACCUACUUUGGUUUUGUGAAAACAAAGUUAUCACUGUGAAUGGGUUACUUCUACUUCAUUUUAAACUAUUAUACCUAUUUAUAAUGUUAAUAUUAUAGUGUUAAAUAUUCCCUUGAAAUGGAAAACCAAUUAACGUGGGAAACUGUCUUGUUCCCUGCCGUAACCUACAGAUAUUAAAAUCCCUAUCUUUUUAAAAGCAAUCUCAGCUACGCCACACUCCUAAGGAUCUAUAGAGAAUCACAGGAUCAAGUUGAUGCUAUUAUCAAUUGAACAGUAGGGCGGCAACAACAGAACCAGGGAAAACCGUCUUGGCUAUGCUAUUAAAGAAAAACACAAAUUUAUGUCACAAUAUUUACAUUACAGAUGAUGUUUACAAUAAUUUUAUACUAUCAUGUUGUGAUAAAUGUUAGUAAAUUGUACCUAACCUAACCAUUCAAAUAGUCAUUUCUGCCGAACUACUUUGGAGUAUCGCAAUGCUGUUCCACACAGUGAUUAGGAAAAAGUAAUACAUUUUCAUAUUUACGUUUGCCUUUGUUUCAACGUGCCCCCGUGCUCAAUGUCUACCUUCUUUUUGACACAAAUGUAAAGCUUAAUUUAAAAUCUACUGGGAUUAAAACAAAAACAUAAAACUUCAGUUAAAACCUAUUUAUAUAGCCAUGGUUUGUUACAAUCUAUCAUCUGCCCAGGCCAACUGUAGCUAUCCAGUACUAACACCCUGUUAGAUAUCAGCUCCUGUGUGGGCCAUACAGAAAAGAAAGCAAAUGAAGUGUGAAGAAUGUUGUGUUUCUUUUAUUGGUAUGAGGUGAAGUUGGAAUAUCGGUAGUCAUGUGUUAAGUUGUUUUCAGUGUGGUGGGUGCAUAUACAGUCUGUAUUUGACUAAAUCAUAUUGUGUGUAUUGUAGGUGGAGUUGUGGUGAUCAUGUGGUAUCUAAAAUACAUGAUAAUUUUUUGGGAUAUUUUGUGUGUAUCAUUUAAGAGAUGGAAAGUGUAAAAAACAUUUGAAUUGGUGUGUUUCGUGCUAUGAUAAAAAUAUAUUAUGGUGGUUGUAAGUAGUUGCUUUUUCGAAAAAGAGGAUCCAACCAAUGCAGUAAUUUUCUUUUGACAAGUACAUGUGGUUUUUCCUUAGGGGCAUUGUAAUAUUACAAGCAAUUACAAUGUGUGCACAUGCAGAGGACACAUUUGGGUGACUUCGUGCAAUUUCAGGAAUUUUGUCCUAUAAAUGGAAAUGGCGGAGUUCUGGACAGCCGAGGCGAUGCUGGGCGACGAGGAGAAGUCGGAACAGACAGACGCGGGGUCGCAGGAGGGGGGCGAAAGGGCCGGGGACGUCGCCGACGACAACGGAGGCAACUGCGGGGACGACGCGGGCGGCGACGAAGGCAGUCACUUCUGCCUCAAGUGGAAGCACCACCAGAACAACCAGCGCCACAUGUUCUCCCUGCUGCUCAACCAGGAGGCGUUCUGCGAUGUGACGCUGGCGUGCGAGGGCCAGCUCAUUGAGGCGCACAAGUUGGUGCUGGCAUCGUGCAGCCCGUACUUCGAGAUGGUGCUGAUGCGCCACUACGAGAAGCACCCCAUCAUCAUCCUGAAGGACGUCAAGUACGAGGACAUGAAGGUCCUGCUGCAGUUCAUGUACAAGGGAGAAGUGAACAUAGAGCAGGAGCAGCUGCCGUCGCUGCUGGAGACGGCGGAGGGGCUGAAGAUCCGCGGGCUCUCGGAGUUUGGGGACGAGCAGUUGGCCCAGCAGCAGGAGGUGGAACGCACGUGCGUGACUCCCGUGUCUGUGAGUGCCGUGAGUGCCGUAAAGAGUGACGCCUCUUCCCCCCGGGGCGUGUACAAGAGGAGGAGGGUCAACGACUCCCCAUACAUAGAAAAGCAGUUCAGCCCAAGUUCGUCUCCUGCAGCACCGACGACCAACCGCGGGAGCAAGUUCUGGAGGCAGCCGUCUGUGAUAAGAGUGCUGGAGGAGAUACGUGACGGCAACAUCAAGAUGGAUGAAGGCGCCAAGAUGCUGAAUGUCUCUUACGCCAACAUGUACCAACACUUCCGCUGCAGGUACGGGAAGAUCAAAGACACCCCCGCCUGGCUCGCCCAGAACGAGGCCUCGCGGAGGCUGGCCGAGAACAACGAGGCGAUGGGGGGGGAGGAGGACACUCUCAGCUCGGGAGGCGCCGACUCGGGCGGCGGGCUGCACAGCGGCCAGAUGCUGGCCAUGCAGCAGCAGCAGUCGAUCAUGAUGCACCAGCAGCAGCAUCUGCUGCAGCAGCAGCAGCUUCAGCAUCAGCAUCAGCAGGUUCAGCAGCAGCCGCCGCCGCCGCCAUCACCGCAGCAGCAGCAGCAACCAUCUCAGCAGCAGUACCACCGCCAACACCAGCCGUCGAGCGCGAUGGCCGGGCUGCGGGGCUAGGGCCCGGGAGGACCCGUGUCGGACCCCUUCUCGUCCGCGUGAGAACUCUCCUCGUGCAGGGCUGCGUCGAACCUCCGGGAUUCCGGUCGACUGGCGUUGAAAAAAAUGAAUUUCCCCGCAAAUGCACCACGAUAAAAAAAAAAUCUUUUUUUUUAUAGUCGAGUGUCAUUUAACGCCAGGAUUAACUAAAUCGACAAUUUUAUUCGGGGACCCUACCUUUGAUAUACGGAUUGUUUUUUGUAGAAAAUGGGUGAAUACGAGAAUGAAAUGGAUGAAUCGUAGAUCUGAUGAUAUAAUGACGUUUAUUUCAGGAAUUGAGUUUCGUUACCAAUACCAUGAUUUCGAUUUUGAAAAAAAAAUAAUAUAUUGUGAUCUUGUUUUACAGAGGUCCUAAAACAGUUACAACCACAAAAGUUGCUCAAUUGUGGUGUUUACUUGAGGGUCAAAUAUCAUAGACAAAAAUGCCCGUGUUAAACCUUUAAAUAUAAAUAAGCUGAGAUGUUAGUUAUGCAAUUUGGUAAGUUAAGCCUCCCGAUGGUUAAUUAAAAGAUGGUUAACAUGUGUAAAAAUUGUUGAGCCCAUGUUUCUUGAACACUAGUAGGCUGACCCAAAACAUACAUGUUGUGUUUCAUAGUUUACACAUUGAUGACAUUGACUUUUCACUGUUCAGAGUAUUUUGGUGACAUUUUUUCCCAGUAUUGUGUAUGGACGAGUUUUGUGCAUGCAAAAUAAAUUUGGCAUGCAAAUGGCAUACAAAAAAUUUUAGGCUUUGGAUGUUAAUAUUUUUUAAUUGCAUUAUUAUUAUUAUUUAGAUAAUUAAAACAUUUAAAUGUACUAUACGUUGCAGCAUGAUUGAUUAUUUAAAAUGUGUAUGUAAUUAGCUAUUUCAGGCAAGUUUAUAUUCUUUUUUUAUGGUUCUAUAUAUAUUAUGAAUUAAAAUGUUUCAGUUGAUGUAGUAUUCUUGUGAAGAGGAAUGUUUACGUACUCAGAAUGUUGACAUAGAGUGAAACCUUGUUUAUCUGAAUAAACAAGAAACAAAUUUUUUUAUGUUUGAAGUUGUGUUAUUCGCUUCAAUUUAAUGAAUAUUCAGAAGUAACUACAUCAGAGGGAACUAUCAACAUUAAUUUAAAGCUGUGUGUACAUUCAAACUUAGUGUGUAUAGUUUUUAUUUUUUUAUUUUUUAUUUAAUUUAAACAAUUUAUUGGAAAUUCAGUUAAUUGAAACAUUUGUUGUAAUUAACCACGGGAUAAUUUUAUUUAUACUAAAGCGCUACAAUUACAGUAUAAACCACCCAAAUUCCUUAUCGAAAACUAAGUUGUGCUUAUGAGGAUAAAAAGUUAAAAUGUGGGUCAACUCGAGUUGAGCAAGUAGCAGCAGCUUGAUUUGACUUGAAAGUAGAGUUCAUAGUAUCUGACAAGAUGAGGAUUUACUGUAUUUUUCUUAAAGCUCUGCACAUAUUCGACAUGUGCAACAGUCAUAUAACCCUUAUGUUGGAAGCACUUCACGGGGAAUCUUGUAUUUACGGUUUUGCAGUUUUUUUUGUUUUUUUGCUUUUAAUUUUACGUUAUUUCACUGUCCGAAAAACUUUAAGCGUAUAUUUUGCUAUUUACCUCUCAAAAACUGGGAAAAUACGCCAUUUUGUACGCUGUACAUCAUAGUCAUAUAUUUGUAACACAGCAAACAAGAUAUGAUGAAAAAAAAAAAAGAAUGUCUGGAACUGGAAUGUAUUUUCAUUCUAUUGCAUUGGCUAUCCAUAAUAUUAUUUGACACUACCACGAAAGAGUUACAGUAGAACCCUGUUUUAAUGUUUUUUAGAUGGGCAUAAGGGAAAAAAACAAACGUAAGAUGGAAAUACAAAUUUAGCAUGUGUCAGUUUUUGAACUUUUUACCAACUUGCUCAUAAAGCUGUAUAAACAAAUUUAAAUUUAAAACCACUGAUGGAUACACUCAAAUUGCGAAUUUGGUUAACCAAGCUAACAAUUUUUCAACUUCAUCGUGCUUCCAUUUUAUUUUUCUGUAAAGACACACUGCAACAUUCUGUAAAAACUAUUCACGGUUCGUGACAAUGACAAUGAAAUUAAACUCUUUAUCAGCAAUUUUUUUUUAUUCUUGUCAUUGUUAAAUAGUUGGCAAUCUAAAAUAUUGCAGGACAACGUACGUACGUUUGAAAACAUACUAGAAUGGCAAGGAAGGGAAGAAUUUGUAAUUGAUAUAUUUAAUACACAGCGAUAGCUGGCACUACAUGUAGCGCUAAUGUUUUGGCACACUAAAAUUUGGUUUUUCCCUACAGUCUUAUUUGUACCAUCUGCAUCUAUGGUAUAGCAGAGAUUGUAAACAAAAAUGUGCGUAAAGUAUGAAGUUAACCUUUUAACUUGUUAAUAUUCAUAGACGGGAUAAGUGUUGGAAUAGUUAAGUUACUAAAACUCUUUUUUCAUUGAAAUUUAUAAAGCAAACAUUAUAAGCAAGAAAUUCACUAUUCGUGAUAUUUAUAACAAAAAAAAUUGAACUUAUGGAGAAAAUGUUGAGAGUUUAAAAAUAUGAUGUUAUAAAGCAGGAAAACAUAAGCAAGAACAUUAUAACAGGGUUGAACUCAACUCCAUAGAUUAAUAUAAACCUUCCAUUUUUUUUUUUUUUUUUGAUGUAUGAAAUAUGGCUAAAGCAAAUGCCAACUGAUGGUUUUUCUAAUGUAAAAUUCUGCCUUCAUUAUUUUUGUUGAUUUUUUGCCAGAUAACAAAAGAAUAUAAACUUGUAGAGUAAGCACCUUAAUGUUCGACAAUUGGUUUCUCUACAACUAACCAUUGACGUUUUAUCCAGUGGUAUUACUAUGCCUAGUAAAUGAAGUUUGUGUAUAUUUUAAAGAUUUGCCACUUUCAUUAGCCUCGUUUGUCGUGGGUAACAGUUCUGAUUUUUUAUUUAAUUUUUUUGUGUUGUCAUUAGAAAGAGAGGUGUUUUUGUUAAACUAAUCAAAACUAGAUAUUUUAUAUCUUUUGCAUGUUUUAUGUCACAAAUAUGUAGCGAAGAAUAAUCACAGACUGAACACAAUACAGUAUGUAAGAGAAUAGCAUUUUAUGCAUCUCCUUUUAUUAUUUAAUUUCUGACUGUCCACUGAGCAGGUUAUCAUCAUGUGUCUUUGUGCAAAAAAUUAGUUAUAGUAAAUUUUGUAUUUAGUAUAUUUAGUCAUGUAACCUAUUUAAUAGUUUUAAUAUUUAUAUUAGCAGUGUAGCUUGUAGUAUAUUAAUCAUGAUGCUAAGCUGAAAUAUAUAAAGUAAUGAAAUGUGGACUGGAGUAGGUAAUGACUUCAUGUCUUAAUUGAGAAUAUUGUAUAAAGUGGUUAGUAAAGCUCAAUAGAUAUACAAAUGGAUGUUCAUAUAAGCAUAAGGGGGCCUGGGCGCCCUCUGGAAUCAAAAAAGAACCCCUCUGAGGGGGUCUGCUUGCUCUUUUGCAAAACCGUCACUGUGAAAUGGGAAUGAUGAAACAUCCCACGGGCCCCCUGGGUAAUCCCACUGAUUUUCGCCCACACAUGUAAGCAUAGUUUAUAUAUUAGUUGAAGGUAAUUCUAAACUGCAAUAAUGUGUAACUAUAGCAUUGUACGCUGUGUAAAGUAACUGCUGUAAUCUCUAGUAGGUAUUUAGUUGCAGCUGCUCUCAAAUGCUGUGAGGACUAGUCGUGUAGUAGAUACAUAUGUAUGUUUUAAGAGAGUGCGAUACUGGAUGUUUAAGCAACUGUGCUCUCGCACAUGGUAACUACUUUAGUUGUCGCUCUGAAUGACAUUCUUUUAAGUAUAUAAUUUUUUUUUUUUUCUCAUAGUAGCUGUGUUAAUAAUUUGUGAGCUCUUGGCUGUUUUAGUAUCUGCAUAGCAUUUACAAUUCCUAAAACCCAAGGCAACACACCGCUCGAACUUGGAAUCAGUCAUGUAACUAAUGAAAACUAACAAGGAUUUUGACUUACUGUUUCUUGGCAGCAUUUUAACGAACUAUGAUUUUUCAGCUUAGGUAAUGUCUGAUGGUUUUGAUGGUUCAAAGAUCUAUCUGAAUGGUGAGUAAAUUUAACUUUUUCUUUUCUAACGUCUAAACAUUAUUAUUUGUUUGUAUCACAUCAACACCUGGCUUGAAUAAAAUAGUGAGAAAUGAAGUCUGACAAUGGUACUUAAAUUAAACAUUAACAGUGAUGACAAAAUAUUGAUGAUUCCUUGAUUCUGAUGAUGUCAAGUCUUGCCUCGGUUCCCAGCUCAAUUCUUAUUAUGGAUUUACAGAUUUACAAAUUUGUGGUUUUAAGAUUAGUUACACAAUGUUUAUGUUUCAUGUGACAGUUGAAAAAGUGAAUUUAAAAUGGAAUAAAUUAUAAAAAGAUAACACAGUUUUUAUUGCAAAAUACUCUUAUUUCAACGUGAUGAUCUGCUCUACUGCACAUCAAGAGAAUAAAAAAACCUAAUACAUGAUUAGUCUACAAUAAAAUAUUUCCAGUAUUUCCACACUUCACUUGAGAUUUGUAGUGAUGGUUAGCUGAACUGUAACUUCUACUUGCUAGUAUGCGAUACAGUUUUAAAGUACUUCAGCCAACAUGUCCAGUAAAGUAUCGUAUUUACCUGCGUAUGGGUCACAGAUUUUAUGCCGAUUUUUUGUUUAGUAUAAUUUACUGCAUCCCGUAUGUGAAUUUUCCAUUUUGGGUAAAAAAAAAUUAACAUUGCACUGUUUUGGUCAACUAUGAUUGUUUAAUUAAAAUAUCUCGGAAGUGUGUGUAAGCAUCAUGAACUGUGCCGUUAAGCUACGUGUACCGUUAACAGUUUCCAUAAUCAAUACAUAUUGUAAUUUGAUUUAUAUAGUUACAUGUUAGAUAACAAUAUCUUGGGGAAUGAUAACAGGAUAGGUAUGUAUGAAGAAAAAAAUUUAAAUAAACUUCAGAAUACUAAGGAUUUGAUUCACCCAUCCCUAAUAAAUACACAUUACUAGAUAUUGCUGCUCCGUAGGAUGUAGGUAACAUCUAGUGAGACAUAAACCACCUGUGUUAUCUAGGUGCUUGGUGACUUGUUUGUGGUCAGAUUAUUGUAACUUGGAGUGCUAAGUCAUACUGAAUAAAUAAAGAUGCAGUUUGUCAGACUACCUUUGGUGUGACAGGAAAUUGUGGUGUAGGUUAACCGAGAAUUGGAAAAGAAAAAGUAUAACCUACACAUCACUAUUAGACAAAUAAUUUUAUAAAUUGUGAACUGUUGGAAUGUGGGCCAUAUUAAAGCCAAAUUUAUAUUAUGGUACUAUGGCACAAAUUAAAAUGCUAAAGCAUUGAUAAUCUUUCAAGAAAAUAGUAUUCUAACUUGAAGUACAAAUAUUAACUGAAUAUUUAGAAGACUGCAAAUCAUUUUAAAGUUUCACUUUACAAAAAUGCUGCCAAGUGAUGGAAUGUCUGAACACUACGAACAUCACUAAUCAAUUUUGAUGUAAAAACGGAAUAAAAUGUGGAAUACAGCAACAUUUCAUUGAUUUUCAUAUUUAUUAAUAAAGUUAAUAAUGGUUUAAUGUAAUAUAGGAUAAGAAUUUGUUACAAAGUACCAAAGAAUUAAAUUUCAGCUUCAUUCCAAGACAUUCAGCUACAGUUUGGUAUACUCACUGUACUCCAUAAACUUUACCUCCAAUAGCUGUGUUGGUGAAGCUCUUUGGUAAUCUUGCUAGCAGGAGUUCAGAUCACAAAACUAAGUUCUUCAUUGUUCUUAGACUUUUAUUUUGGACAUUAAAAAGGUUUUUUUUUUUUCACACUUAAAGAAAUGAGUUUAUUUAUGAAAUUAUUUUUUUUGUCCUCAUUUUCAAUUGUCUCAUGUGCAUUAAAUGUUUGUAAAUGUACACAUGUACAUGCAGAUUGUAGCUGAUGUGUUUGCUGUGCAUAUUUUGAAAUUUAAUUGAAAUGUGAUGUGAUCAAGCUGUGUGUUGCAUAUCACAUAUGUAUUCAUGCAUGCAUCUGACUACGUGCCUUUUAUUUUGGACAUUUUUUUAUUUAUCAUUUUGAAACCUCCACAGGUUUUUCAAAUUAUGCUUUCAUGUUACCAUGUUAGUUGAGGGAGUAUCAAAUAUUCACAAGUAAUGAGAAGUGGUUGAAAUUUUUGAAUUGUCAUUUAUUUAUAGUUUUACUAGGGGUGUGUGAAUAGUGGAUUUUGGUGGUCAAAUAUUUUCAAAUCGAGUAGUCAUAUUUUUUAAUUGAAUGUAAAUAGCUUCGAAGUUGUAAAUGUUAUAUUUUGUUUUGAUGAAUCACCAUACAAUACAGAAUACACGAGAAUAAACCACAUUCACACACAAAGUUUUGGGUAUCAGGGCUAAAUUUAUUUAUUUAUACAGUAACAUUUGCUGUUCUUGAAAUUGAAACUUCAUUUGAAAGAAACUAUCCACCACAGUGUCAUGAUGUUUUUUUCUUUAAUGUACUAUAAUAAUUAGCUAAACAAAUUGACAAAAUUAAAAAAUAAUGGCAAACCAUUUUUUUCAGUUGUUUUUAAUAUCAAGUUAUCACUGCAAACUCAGUAGUAACACAAAUGUUUCGUUUUACUUGAAGUGAAUUUAAAAAAAAAACAAGUAGCAUUGCAUAUAUUUAAUUACAAAAACCUGUUCAAAAAAUUGUAAAGCAUAAUUUAAAAUAGGUUACUUGUUUGAGAUUUUAGAACUUAAAUGUCACGUUUAACAUUCUGCCAUUUACUUGUUGCUGGUAAAGUAAAAUAUUCCACUUAUUUUAAUAAUUUGUAUGUCAUGUUUAAAAUUUUUAGAACUUGACUCUUCACUUUUCCCGGUGUCCAUUUAUGGUAAUGAACUUCAAUGAACAUUAUUUUAAAAAUACAAAUCUCCAUUUUAAUGUUUUUAAUGACUACAACAGAGGUUAGGGCUACCCAGCACUUAAGGACAAUAAAUACCAAAUGGUUAAAUAACAAAAAAUAGUGCUUGUAAUCUCAAAGAGCGGUGACAGACAAAACUGUGAUUAACUGUGCUAAUCAAAAGAAAUUUAGGAAAAGUUAUGCUGAAAUUAAAUGUUUUUGGAUAUUUAUUUUAACAUUUUAUAAAUUAUAGAAAAUGAUCUUUAAACAAUACAGUAUGUGUUGGCAUUCCUGCCUACAUUCUGUUUCAUUUGGAAAUGGCAUUGUGUUUAUUUACUACUAACAAGCUACCGCGUGUUGAAUUUAUUAAGAUUGUUAAUUUAAUUUCUUGGAAUAAACUGUUUAAACAUGCAUUGCGGUACACGUUAAUACAAAUUUAUGGGUAGAUUAGAAACUACAACAUUAAAAUUUGGUGGAAAAAGGAAUCACUUUGAACCACUAGUCACUAAGCACAUGUGCAUGUAAAUAUUCACAAUUUUUAUUUUUUAUAUUUGACCUCCAUAUGCGAAUAGUAUAUUUAUAGCUAUUUGCAUUUACGAAUAUUCUCACACCCCUAAAAUUUUACAUUAUAUACUGGAUUUUUAGCCUAUAUUUUACAUACACAUCAUGCUUAACUAUUUUAGCAAUGAACCCUUAAUUUAUCCAAAAGAUGCCACAUUCCCAUUUAGAAUACUUGAUUCUCUACUGUUGAUUAGUGACACCACAAUAUUUUCUCUUCAGUUUGUAAAGUCAUGAUAGUGCAUUUGUUAUUGAUUCAGAACUAGUCGCUUUAUCCAUUGUUGCGUACAUAGUGUAGUAAGAAUUUUAAAAAGCUUUUAGUUUUAAUAUCCAUAUUCUCUAACUUGAUAUGAAGCUAAGUGGUACUGAAAAAAUUAUUUUAAAAAUAGCUUUAUUUUUUAAUGAUCAUCUUCUGCAAGUCACUGAUUGUGAAUUUACAGUGUGAGAAGUCAGUUAAUUAGAAAGAAAGGAAGUUGGAAAACAGCUUCUCUUGCAUAGAUUCAAGAACUCUCCGACUUGAACAUGAGGACAAGCAUAUUUAAGAGUAUUCAGAUAGGAAAUAGAAGCUGUAAAAUAAUAUGUAUGGUGUAGUAUAUAUAAAUGUAUGAAUUAAAAAUGGAAAGCUAAGUUUUGACCAGUGAGUGUUAUUAAGGCCCAAAAUUGCUUGUCCUCAUGGUCUGGUCGAUAAAGAGCACAUGAAGCUGCUUUGGACAUGGUGACUGUUUGAGCCAGUGCUUUGUGUUGAACUGAAAUAAAACAAAUUGUAUUUUGUGCAUUGAUAUUUAAUGAAUAAAACUGAAAAAAUAAA